AUGAGUACUCCAAACAUUCCGUCAACAGCCAUAACAACCACAUCUUUGUAAGAGCCCAUAGAGGAAUCACCCCCUACUGUUCUCCUCAUUUUUUACUUCGUCCUAUCAAACAAAGAACAAAGAAGAAACACUUCAAGAACAAGUAGGGCAAGAAGAAGCGAAAACAAGGCUGCCCAUUUUUUUGGAUUUGAUUCUUUCAAUCAUGCUUCUUUCAAUGGACCGUGCGGCUCUUCUCAGGCUCAUUUGGUUGCUUGUUCUCUCUGCAACCAUUGCAGCCCAUGGCGAUCCAGUCCAGGGGGUGACUUAUGAUUCACGGUCUCUUAUCAUCAAUGGAAAGAGGGAGCUUCUCUUCUCGGGUUCAAUCCAUUACCCUCGUAGCACUCCUGAUAUGUGGCCGCAACUCAUUUCUAAAGCGAAGCAUGGAGGGAUCAACGCUAUCCAGACUUACGUCUUUUGGAAUGUUCAUGAGCCUAUCCAAGGCCAGUUCACUUUUGAAGGAAGAUAUGAUCUAGUGAAAUUCAUCAAGGAAAUAUGGAAGCAAGGUUUGUAUGUGAUCCUUAGGAUUGGGCCCUUCAUCCAAGCUGAAUGGAAUUAUGGAGGAUUCCCAUACUGGCUACGAGAGGUUCCAGAUAUCACGUUCCGUAGUGAUAAUGAACCAUUCAAGCAUGAAAUGAAGAAAUUUACAAAGAUGAUUGUGAAAAUGAUGAAGGAAGAGAAGUUGUACGCAUCUCAGGGUGGUCCUAUUGUCCUAUCGCAGAUAGAAAAUGAAUAUAACACAAUCCAGAUUGCCUUUAAAGAUAAGGGAUCAUCCUACGUUCAGUGGGCUGGGAAUAUGGCGGUGGCACUAGGGACAGGUGUGCCAUGGGUUAUGUGCAAGCAAAAGGAUGCUCCUGAUCCAGUGAUCAAUGCUUGCAAUGGAAGGAACUGCGGAGAUACUUUCACUGGCCCUAAUAAACCCUACAAGCCUGUGCUAUGGACUGAGAACUGGACUGCUCAGUACAGAUCGUUUGGUGACCCACCAUCUCAAAGAUCAGCUGAAGAUCUAGCAUACUCAGUCGCACGUUUCUUCUCAAAGAAUGGCACACUAAACAACUACUACAUGUAUCAUGGAGGAACUAAUUUUGGGAGAUAUGCUUCUGAGUUCGUAACGACGCGCUACUAUGAUGAAGCUCCACUUGAUGAAUAUGGCAUGCAAAGGGAACCAAAAUGGGGCCACCUCAGGGACUUGCACUCUGCUUUGAGACUCUGUAGAAAGGCUUUGCUUUGGGGUUUUCCCACUGUCCAGAAAUUGGGGGAGGAAAUAGAGGCUCGAAUCUAUCAGCAGCCUGGAACCAAUGUCUGUGCUGCUUUCAUUGCCAACAAUCAUUCUAGCUCAGCUGUAACUGCAAACUUCAAUGGUGGACAAUAUUAUCUUCCCCCACAUUCCAUCAGUAUACUCCCUGAUUGCAAGACUGAGGUCUUCAACACUCAAAAGGUACUUUCACAACACAAUUCGAGGGUCUAUCAACUUGCAGAUGAAUCGAACAAAGAUAUGGAAUGGAAAAUGUAUCAAGACCAGGUUCCGAACAUCAACCACUGCUCUCUCAAACAUCCGGCGCACUUAGAGCACAUCAACGUGAGUAAGGACACAUCAGAUUACGUCUGGUAUACAACUAGAUUAGUGCUACAAAGCCAUGAGCUACCCCUGAGGCGUAACAGUCGUCCAAUUAUCCAGGCUGCCUCACUUGGACAUGGGCUGAAUGCAUUUGUCAAUGGUGUGUACAUUGGGUCGGCCCAUGGAGACAAUGUAGAUAAAAGUUUCACGUUUAAAGGAGCCGCAGAACUGAAAGAGGGAGAGAAUUUUAUUUCCCUAAUGAGCAUGACGGUUGGACUGCCGGAUAGUGGCGUCUACUUGGAGCAUCGACUUGCUGGAGUUCACACCACAUCGGUUGUAGGUUUGAACACUGGGACCUUGGACCUGUCAAGCAAUGAAUGGGGACAUAAGGUUGGUAUGGAAGGAGAAAUAAUGGGUAUUUAUACUGAAGAAGGAUCGAAGAAAGUCGAAUGGUCAAGUGCGAAGGAUGGCAGUAACAGACCAUUAACAUGGUACAAGAGAUACUUCGAUUGUCCUACCGGAGCUGAUCCGGUAGCUCUGGACCUAAGCAGUAUGUCGAAAGGCCAGGCUUGGGUCAAUGGAGAAGGCAUUGGUCGUUACUGGGUAUCUUUUCUCUCUCCUCUCGGGAGCCCUUCUCAGACAAUGUAUCACAUCCCCAGAUCCUUCCUAAAGCCAACAAACAACCUUCUAGUUAUCUUUGAGGAAACCGGAGGAGACCCACAUAGAAUAUUCGUCACCACUGUAAAUAGAGACACGAUCUGCAGCUUUAUCUCGGAAAACGAUUCCCCACAUGUGAACUCAUGGGAACGGAAGAAUAGUGAGAUUCGUGCUGCUGUGGAUAACGUUAAACUUCAUGCUACGUUGAAGUGUCCACACCAUAAAGUGAUCAAGGAAAUAGAAUUUGCAAGCUUCGGUGAUCCUUCUGGAGUCUGCGGCAACUACACUAUGGGAAGUUGCAAUCAUCCGGAAGCCAAGAACGUGGUCGAGAAGGCUUGCCUGGAUAAGACUAGCUGUGAUGUACCGAUUACAGAAGAAGCGUUCAGUGGUGGUGUCUGUUCUGGGAUCACAAGGACACUUGCAAUUCAAGCAAGGUGCGUUGAGAAGAAAGUUGGUCGAUGGGAGAAAGGAUUUCAUUUCAAGGAGGGGUAGAGAAUGGAAAAACCAGUGUCAUGUAACAGUUUCCUAAGAUUGAAAGGAAACUGAAACACCUUCCUCAUUCGUUCUCAUCGUAAGUUGAUGUAAUAAAAAUAUGGUAUUCAAUCUCUACAUUCAUGA